AUGUGUGUGUGUGUGUGUGUGUGUGUGUGUGUCUGAUGUGCAUUGCAUAAAGCAAUGGGAAAUAACGGGAAAAGGCAGAGGGUGAGAGGAGGCAGAGGUUGGAGAAGACUUUCCUUGUUUAUUUUUUUUUAGGUGGACAAACAAGUAUAAAUCUGUGGAAGCUAGUUUUCAAAACUUGGAGCCAUUUGGUUAAGCAAUCUGAAUAAUGAAGAAGUUGAAAGCACUCUUGUUGGGGAACUGCAACAGGUCUUUGACUGACAAUAAUUCACCAAUGAAACAGAACACAGUAUUUUCAAGCCCAAGAACCAAACUCAAUGGCAAAAACAAAUUGAAUGCCAUGGACAACAAUAUCGAUAUUUUAGAAAUUAAUGGCAAACUUUGGCAUAAUACAAAACUCCUGCCAGUGGAAGACAUCAAGGAGCUUAUUGAACAGAAAAGAUAUUUGAAGGCUGACCAACACCUCAUCAAGUUAGAAUAUCAGUGUUACAGUUCUGAUAGCAUAGAGAAGGAUGAAGAUAAACUUAAAAUGGAGCAGGAAGUUGAAUCUUUGUAUGAACAUCUUGACUCUGCAAUCACCACAGUGUUAAAAACAUCCAUGAGCAUUUCCAAGGAAAAUCCUGACCUCCUGAAAAUGGUGGUACAAUUCAGAAUCCAGGAGGAGAAAAUGGAUCAGACCUACCAAGAGGAAGCGAAAAGAAAGUCUGGAAGAAUCCCUAAAGCCAGGCCAAGAGGGUGGAAAAAUAAAUGGCUGAAUAUUCUACAGCAGUCUGUGGAUGAAAGAAUAAGUAAAAUACCCAAUGCUUCGGAAGACAACAAAAUAAAUUGGGUCAUUCAGUGUUUAGGACAGCUUCUCAAAGAGCUCAAGGAGGAUGUGGACACUAUUGUGAAUCACGUCAAACCAUGUUAUCCUGAAGAUUACAAUAUUUGCAAAACAUAUGCAGACUGCUAUCAAAAGACAAUUUCUUCUCGGCUCACAGUAAUCACGGAGAAUGAAUUAAAAGGGAAAGAUCUGUACACACUUUUGCGUUGGAUUUAUGUUCACUAUCCAGGAGUCAUGAGCACUCUCACACAAACGGAGGAUGCAGACCAGAAACUUUGGAGGGAUCUGUUGUCACAAGAAAUGAUCAACCAGAUGGAAAAUGGUUAUAUUUCAGCUGUACAGACAGAUGCUAAAGCGUACAUGAGCAAAAGUCUCCAGAUGGAAGAGAUGAACUGGAUAAAUGGCAAAGAGCCUUUGAUGUUUCAGGAUUGUUAUCACAGUGAGCUGCCUAUUGAUAUAAUACAGAUCUUUGAUGGAGGUGCCCGAGAGGCCAGUUGUCUCACUCCUGAUCUGAAUAAUCGAGUAUUGGGUAUUAUGCUGGACGAAAUGAUGUGCUUCCUGGAAAGCUUCCAGGAAUCAGUGAAAUGCUUUGAGAAAACUUAUCUGGACCAUGAGAAUUUCAUUUCAACUAUGAUAUUGGUUAACAAUAUCUGUGAAUCUUUCAGGGAGUACCUCAACAAAAAUGGCAAGAUCACAAAUGAGGUCAAGGAGAAUGCCCUGUCAAUUCUGAAUAAAAUGGAAAAGAACGGAAAAGACGUUUUGCAAAAGUCCCUGUUUUGUGAAUUAAAGCCUUACUGCAAGUUCUUGAUAACCGAGAAAUGGGUUUCACAUCCAGAGCCUAUAAAUAACAUACUAGAAAUAACACAAAGACAACUGAUAAAGUUCAGGAAACUGAAAGCCCAGCAGUUUCAGGGCCUGUUGGAAGAAAUCCAUGAGCAACUCAUUGCAGAAUAUAUUUCGAGAAUUAUGAAAAGGAAGUUGAGCUGCAAAACAGAAGAUCAGCAGAAAGCGUUUGCCAAUCAGCUGGAGAAAGAAGAUCAUCAGUUACAGGAACUCUUUAGUGUCAACGGGUCUCGUGCUGUUGGGCUGGCCACUGCCCUCCCAUAUAUAAGUGAAAUCAUCAGGCUCCAAGAUGUCAAUGCAAUAAAGAUGGAAGUUGGGGCUCUCAUUCAAGAAUUUCCAGACAUCAGAAAACAACACGUCGCAGCUAUCUUGUACAUUAAAAAGAACAUGAAGAAAUCAGAUGAAAAGGAUAUUCUUCACAUCAUCAAGGAACUCCUGAACUAUGGUACAGAUUCGUCCACAAGCAAGACAUUGUUCUCCAAUGCCGCAGUUUUGAAGACACUCUAAGAAUCACUGAACAAUCAAAUAAUUAUGUACUUAAGCACAGUUACAUUGCAAUUAUUAUUAUUAAUAAUAAUAUUAAUUUGUGGAGUCCUGUAG